AUGGCGACACCYGGACACAGUGACACCUGGGCAUGGYRACACCUGGACACAGGGACACCUGGGCAUGGCCGGCCGCGCGCCGGGCCUGGUCGCAGCCGCCGCGCCGUCUCUUUGCAGCUCGCCCUCGCCAGCUUCUACGAGGACGGCGCCGACGACGACAUCCUGACCCUUCCCCAGCCCGCGGCCAGCUCCGGGUCCAGGGGCCCGGCACCCAGCGACCAUCGGGUGACGUCGUUCAGAGACCUCRUCCACGCGCAGGAGGAGGAGGAUGAAGAGGAAGAGGGGCAGCGGUUUUAUGCUGGAGGCUCGGAGAGAAGCGGGCAGCAGAUCGUCGGCCCUCCAAGGAAGAAGAGUCCCAAUGAGCUGGUGGAAGAUCUCUUCAAAGGAGCCAAGGAGCACGGAGCGGUGGCUGUGGACCGGACGGCCAAGAGCGGCGGCGAGACCAGCAAGCCCAAACCGUUUGCCGGGGGAGGGUAUCGCCUUGGGGCUACUCCAGAGGAGGAGUCUGCCUACGUGGCCGGAGAGAGGAGGCAGAACUCUGCGCAGGAUGUGCACGUUGUUCUGAAGCUGUGGAAAAGCGGGUUCAGUCUGGACAGCGGAGAACUGAGGAGCUACCAGGAUCCAUCCAAUGCCCAGUUUCUGGAUGAUAUCCGCAGAGGGGAGGUCCCGGCGGAGCUGCGCCGGUUAGCACGGGGCGGACAAGUGAACCUGGAUAUGGAGGAUCACCGUGAUGAGGAUUAUGUGAAACCUAAAAGUGUCUUCAAAGCUUUUACUGGAGAAGGACAGAAGCUGGGCAGCACUGUCCCCCAGGUGAUGGGCACCAGCUCACCAGCCCAGCAGGCAGAGAACGAAGCCAAAGCCAGUUCUGCCAUCAGUAUCGAUGAGUCGGAGCCCAUCACCAACAUUCAAAUCCGUCUCGCUGACGGUGGGCGACUGGUCCAGAAAUUUAACCACAAUCACAGGAUCCGUGACGUCCGGCUCUUCAUAGCAGAUGCGCGGCCAGCAAUGGCUGCCACGAGCUUCAUCCUCAUGACCACCUUCCCAAACAAAGAGCUGACGGAUGAGAACCAAACCCUGAAGGAAGCCAACCUGCUCAACGCCGUCAUUGUGCAGCGGUUGAUAUAAAGGAACCCGCCUGCCCGGGGGGGCCGCCGUCCUGCGUGCCCCUGUUCUGCACAGGCUCACAUCUCCUCCUAGCGCUGGGUUCUUAGGUCUUGGUUGGACUUUUUUUCUCUUUAGUUGCAUUUCCCGUGGUUUUUUUUUUUUUUUGGUGAUGAUCAGUGGACUUUAAAAUAAAUAAACCAAACAAACCAGUUUUGAAAGGAGCUGCARCCUAUUGUGCCCCAGAUUUUCCCCUGGGAGUUGAGUGACCUUGGUGGAUUGCAUGAACGCCUCUAAAAGAGGGGAGGAAGGUAAAGGGGAAGGGAGCAGUUUCCAUCUGUGCCAAUUAACCACUUAGAGCAGUCUUUUACUCUUCCCUCUCCUCCAAGGGCUGCUGCAAAAUCCUCUGUUUUCACACAGUAAGUAUCGUGCACGAGAAGGGCUGAUCUGCCUGCCCGGAUAAUGGUGACGCUCCYGUGAGC